AUGCGAUUACGAGAAAUCAGCAUCAGUGAAGCGUGCACAGCCCCUCGUAUUCCAGCCAAGGGAAAUAAAUGCAACCGACCGAGAAUUCCGAAUGCUGAGUUUGCCGUCCACAACUUUCACGAGUCGGUCGCUUCUACUAGCAGAUACCGUUUUGUCGGCAUGACACCCCAGAUCGUGAAGAUUAAAGCCUGCAUAGCUUGUCGGAUGCGCAAAGUAAGAUGCGACCGGAAAUCUCCGUGCACCAACUGCAGCCGGUGGUCGGUGGAAUGUGCAUAUCCCUCUCCUGUCAGGAGGUGCCGUCGACCAUCGAGAAGACAACCACAAAGGAGUGAUUGCGAAUGCGAAAAUAAGCUGCCUAGUCUGGGCCUAUCAAUUCAGUUGCACCAGCCAAUAGUCUCAGAUAUCAUUGUGGAUGGAGCGAAGGCUUUGAGUCUACCUGACCAACCGGAAACUCCGGUGAAUCGCGCUAUUGCAACGACAGGUGACUGGAAGACCCGUCCGUUGAGGGGUCAAGUACGAACAUGCUGGCAGUGCUUCGUUGAGCGAGUUGAUCCUGUCGUGAAGAUAUUGCAUCGGCCUAGCGUUGAAAUGAUUCUUAUCCAGUCAAUUUACCGUCCAGGCUCUCUAAAUGGGAAUCAAAAAGCCCUCAUCUACGCUAUUUACUUCUCCAGCAUCGCGAGUAUGUCUGACGAGGAAGUCCAGAAUUUGUUCGGCAUUGCUAAAGACACAUCCUUGAGGGCAUGUCGUUCGUCGACUGAGGAAGCACUGGCACAAGGGAUUUUUCUGAAUUUGAACGAAGACUUGGUCGCGUUGCAAGCAUUAGUCCUGUUUCUGUCUGUCAACCGCUUGAUUGGCGAGGCAGGAGUCGCCUGGAAGCUCACCGGCAUAGCGAGACGAUCUGCAAUUUUUAACAAACCUGACCUCUCAUCUUUUGAACAUGAAUUGCGAAAAAGGCUGUGGUGUCAGCUCUGGUAUCUUGACCACCGGGCUGCCAGGGACCUUGGACAAGACGAUGGAUCGGACAUGGUUCCCAUUCCUGACCUUCCGUUGAAUAUCAAUGACUCCGACCUCAACCCUGAUUCAAGUACGCCCGCAACUCCUUGUACCGGAUGGACCGAACAAACGUUCUCUCUCGUUCGAUUCCAGAUCGCAAGUGCGAGACAAAGAGUGAACCGAGAUAUUCCAACAGAAACAAAGAAACAAAUAAUCCAAGCAUGUCAGAGGCGAGUCGAGGACCGUUAUCUCCAAUACUGUACUAGCAGUCAAGAUCCAAUCCAGUGGCUGACACGACAUGUCGCCCAUGUCCUUAUCAUGGAGAUGUGGUUUGAGCUGUAUAGUGCGGAUACACUCACCAUCAGUGUUGGACCUCAAAACUGUGCAUGUAAAUACGAGCAACGCGUCCAAGACUUUCUGUUCCUGCAGGCGAUCGACAUUGUCGAUACUGCAGUCCGCUUGGAAGGAGAACCCCAAUCUCGACAAUGGGCUUGGCUGCUCAAGGGGUACCAACAAUUCCGUCCGCUAGUCUUCCUGCUCAACGAGCUACACUACCGACAGGAAUGCACCGCAGUUUCUCAUGCAUGGAUGGUAGUAGAGAGCGCUUUAGUCCGCUGCCAGGACUCGCCGAAUGGCAAGUUUCUUGCUAGAUUAGAAGAGAGAGCCCAUACUAUACGGUUGCGCAUUACAGGUUCAUCGAGCGAUGCGGUGCGAAGCUCCUAUAUCGCGCUGACAUGA